UACCUAUUGUAAUGGAUGCCUGAUGGCUCCUCCCCUUACUCUGCUGAGCUUCUGCAAGUAAGGCAUGUAAAAUGGCCACACUCAGCCCUGCUUACAAAAUGGUCACACACCAGUCCAGCAAGGUGGGCCACUUACCAACCCUGUAAGGAACUCGGGGCAGCUAACAUGGGGCCAAGCCCAGAUAAUCAUAAUGAAGCCAUGGAAGGGCCACCCGUCCAACCUCAGCGGCCAAGCAGGCAGAGGCGCCCCUGGUGGGAACUGGACCCACAAAAAGCGGCCCAAGCCGAAAGGCUGAGGGAAAAGGUGAAGAAACAGCGGGAGGAGAGGGAGCCCCGAAGGCCAAAACAGGAGCCCCCAGUCUUGCCAAAGAAGCCCCACGGGAAGAUCUUCCAGGAAGACCAGAAGGAACAUCAUUCCAUCCAGAAGGAUCUCCGCCCAGGAUUUUUGCACCAGAUGGCAAAUGUGGAAGAGACGGAAGUGAAGAGACAGCAGUCCUUUCUCCCGAAGAUGCCCAUGAGCACAGAAGAGUGGAGCCCGGCAAAAAUCAUCCCCCUGCCCCAAGCAGGUCCACGCCCUCCUCCCGCAACAACCCUCUCACCUUCCCCUCCUCCCCGGCCAGUGCCCCGGCCUUACCGGUUCCCAGCCUUGAAGGCCACCCGUCGAACCUCAGCGGCCAAGCAGGCAGAGGCGCCCCUUGUGGGAACUGGACCCAUAAAAAGCGGCCCAAGCCGAACGGCUGAGGGAAAAGGUGAAGAAACAGCGGGAGGAGAGGGAGCCCCAAAGGCCAAAACAGGAGCCCCCAGUCUUGCCAAAGAAGCCCCACGGGAAGAUCUUCCAGGAAGACCGGAAGGAACAUCAUUCCAUCCAGAAGGAUCUCCGCCCAGGAUUUUUGCACCAGAUGGCAAAUGUGGAAGAGACGGAAGUGAAGAGACAGCAGUCCUUUCUCCCGAAGAUGCCUAUGAGCACGGAAGAGUGGAGCCUGGCAAAAAUCUUCCCCCUGCCCCGAGCAGGUCCACGCCCUCCUCCCGCAACAACCCUCUCACCUUCCCCUCCUCCCCGGCCAGUGCCCCGGCCUUACCGGUUCCCAGCCUUGAAGGCCACCCGUCCAACCUCAGCGGCCAAGCAGGCAGAGGCGCCCCUUGUGGGAACUGGACCCAUAAAAAGCGGCCCAAGCCGAAAGGCUGAGGGAAAAGGUGAAGAAACAGCGGGAGGAGAGGGAGCCCCAAAGGCCAAAACAGGAGCCCCCAGUCUUGCCAAAGAAGCCCCACGGGAAGAUCUUCCAGGAAGACCGGAAGGAACAUCAUUCCAUCCAGAAGGAUCUCCGCCCAGGAUUUUUGCACCAGAUGGCAAAUGUGGAAGAGACGGAAGUGAAGAGACAGCAGUCCUUUCUCCCGAAGAUGCCUAUGAGCACGGAAGAGUGGAGCCUGGCAAAAAUCUUCCCCCUGCCCCGAGCAGGUCCACGCCCUCCUCCCGCAACAACCCUCUCACCUUCCCCUCCUCCCCGGCCAGUGCCCCGGCCUUACCGGUUCCCAGCCUUGAAGUAAGUUUUCUAUUAUUAUGUUAGUGUUCUUUAUUUGUAGUAUUUGUUAGCGUUUAGUCUUCAUUAUGUAGCUUUAGUAUAUAGUAUACAUUUAUUUUAUUUUAUUACUUUUAUUUAUUGGUUUGUAUUAUUUUCAUUUUGUUUAUUUUGUUUGCAAUAUUUUCUUUAUAUUGUUUAUUAUUUGGUUGUUUUGGUUUUAUUUUGAGUUUGUUUUUGUUUUGGGUUUUGUUUUGGUUUUUGUUUUGGAAUCGUAAUGGAGGCAUACGACAUGCUGAGCACUGGCCGGCUGCUUCCGUAAUCCGGGUCGUUUAUUUAAGGCCCCCCGACCCCGAGGAAACCCCCGUCAAGUGGCCAGUGCCACCCGUACAGAAACCGCGGCCGAGCAGGCAGAGGUGCCCCUUGUGGGAACUGGCCCCACAAAAAGCGGACCAAGCCGAAAUGCUGAGGGAGAAGGUAAAGAAGCAGCGGGAGGAGAGAGAGAUGAGAAGGCCCAAACAGGAGCCCCAGCCUUGCCAAAGAAGCCCCACGGGAAGAUCUUCUAGGAAGCCCGGAAGGAACAUCAUUCCAUCCAGAAGAAUCUCUGCCCUGGAUUUGUACGCUGGAUGACAAAUGUUGAAGAGAUAGAAGUAAAAAGACAACAAUCCUUUCUCCCAACGAUGCUUCCAAGUGUGGACAAGUGGAGCCCGGCAAAAAUCAUCCCCCUGCCCUGAGCAGGUCCACGGCCUCCUCCCGCAACAACCCUCUCACCUUCCCCUCCUCCCCGGCCAGUGCCCCGGCCUUACCGGUUCCCAGCCUUGAAUUUCCCCGAGGAAGCCCCCGUCAAGUGGCCAGGGCCACCCGUCCAACCUCAGCGGCCAAGCAGGCAGAGGCGCCCCUUGUGGGAACUGGCCCCACAACAAGCGGCCCAAGCCAAAAAGCUGAGGGACAGUGGGAGGAGAGGGAGCAAUACCCAUCGCCCCUUCAAAAGAAACCCUAAAGGAAUGAAAUCUCUUUUAAGGAAAAAAUGUCAUUUUUUUCUCCUUUCUUAUACCUACUUAGAACAAAUUAGGAUGGAAUGAGAGGGAGUCCAGCUGGCUGACCUAAAAUGCAUAUGUUCCAUUAGCCUCUUGGCUUGAGUAAAAUAGAAGAAUUCUUACAUCUGGGCCUAAUGCUGAACCUCGAUGCAGACCGAGACCGGGAGAAUGCUGCAUGUUGGUGGCCAGUCUGGGGUCGUCCUGGUUGCCGUUCAAGGGGUUUCCAGAAAUGGAUUGAGGAGAACUUACUUGGUUCUUUUUUCUUCUGGUUUUGUCAGCAUGUCUCUUUCUCUAAUAAAUUGAUUUCUGAAAUUGCUA